GCCCGCGCCGGCCUUUGCUCGGCGCCCGCUGCCGUCCCGGCCCGGCACUGCCGCUCUGCGCGCUCGGCCGCCGCUUCGGCGCGGCCUCCCGGGACACUCCGCCGGCCGCGGCGAGCGCAGGGGCCCCAAGAGGAAGGAAGGAAGGAAGGAAAUUGCCUCCGUCCUUCUCAAACUUCGGUCCUUCCCCUCUUUUUUUUUUUUUUUUUUUGUUUGAAACCGCGUCUCCCGGGCCCCGCGCGGACUCCGCGGGCACGGACGGCGCCCGGCCAUGGAGGGCGCCGAGCUGGCCGGGAAGAUCCUGUCCACCUGGCUGUCGCUGGUGCUCGGCCUCAUCCUGCUGCCGUCCGCCUUCGGGGUGUCGCUGGGCAUCUCGGAGAUCUACAUGAAGAUCCUGGUGAAAACUUUGGAGUGGGCCACAAUAAGAAUUGAAAAAGGAGCUGCACAGAAGUCGGUUCUCAAAAAUUCAGCUUCUGGUGGUAUCAUCCAGAGAGAUGUGUCGCCCAUGGAGAAAGGACUCUCCGGUCUGCGCGGGAGGGACUUCGAGCUGUCCGACGUCUUCUUUUUCUCCAAGCGGGGCCUGGAAGCCAUCGUGGAGGACGAGGUGACCCAGCGCUUCUCCUCGGAGGAGCUGGUGUCCUGGAACCUCCUCACCAGGACCAACGUCAACUUCCAGUACAUCAGCCUGCGGCUCACGCUGGUGUGGGUGCUGGGCGUCGUGGUGCGCUACUGCAUCCUCCUCCCGCUCAGGAUUACCUUGGCUUUCAUUGGGAUCAGUCUGUUGGUCAUAGGAACCACGCUGGUCGGGCAGCUGCCAGACAGCAGCCUCAAAGACCGGCUGAGUGAGCUGGUGCACCUGACGUGCUGCCGGAUCUGCGUGCGGGCGCUCUCGGGCACCAUCCACUACCACAACAAGCAGUACCGACCUCAGAAGGGAGGCAUUUGCGUGGCCAACCACACCUCCCCGAUAGAUGUUUUGAUCUUGGCCACGGACGGGUGCUAUGCUAUGGUGGGUCAGGUUCACGGUGGACUGAUGGGAAUUAUUCAGAGGGCGAUGGUCAAGGCUUGUCCCCACGUGUGGUUUGAACGCUCCGAAAUGAAGGACCGACACCUGGUCACCAAGAGACUACGAGAACACAUUGCGGAUAAGAAAAAACUACCCAUCUUGAUCUUUCCUGAAGGAACCUGCAUCAACAACACGUCGGUUAUGAUGUUCAAGAAGGGGAGCUUUGAGAUCGGGGGAACCAUUCACCCAGUGGCGAUCAAGUACAAUCCUCAGUUUGGGGAUGCAUUUUGGAACAGCAGCAAGUACAACAUGGUCAGCUACCUGCUCCGAAUGAUGACCAGCUGGGCCAUCGUCUGUGACGUGUGGUACAUGCCCCCGAUGACCCGAGAGGAAGGAGAAGAUGCCGUUCAGUUUGCUAACAGAGUCAAGUCUGCAAUUGCUAUUCAAGGUGGAUUGACUGAACUUCCAUGGGACGGAGGGUUGAAGAGAGCGAAGGUGAAGGACACUUUCAAGGAGGAGCAGCAGAAGAAUUACAGCAAGAUGAUCGUGGGCGACCCCUCGCCGAGCGCGGAAUCAGACUGACGGCCGCCCGCGCGCACCCCGGGCGCCCCGCCACUCGCUCUUAGCCCGGGCCUGGAACAUGCUGCUUUCCUCAUGUGUGUGCAUGCGUGCGUGUGUGCGUGCGUGUGUGCGUGCGUGUGUGUGUGUGCAUGCAUGUGUGCGUGUGUGCGUGCCUGUGUGUGCGUGUGUGUGUGUGUGAUGGGGGAGAGGCCUUACUUUGUUCGGCCUUUUUAUUAUUACUGUUGUUGUUAUUGUUAGUCUUGUCUACAGGGUGUUUCCUUGACCUCUGUAUGCAGAGGUGGGCCUUUGGCAGGGGGUGGGCGGUGGUCACUGCUACGCUGGCCCCAGGCACUGCCAGGCAGUUUACUGAGUUUAGAACAGAUACUCUUCCUGCUGUGUCGUGGCUGAUGGAGUCUUGGCACGGGAGAAAGUGCUUCUAGAACCUGAUGGGAACCCGCCGUGUUAGGAAGUCAGUGACCUGGGGGCAAUUCUGAAAAGCAGUGACCCCGGCCUCUCCUCUCCCUAACUUUCCCUGGCUUCCUUGCCGCCCCUCCGCCUUCCCCCCUACCCCCCCAAACA